CAACGACAACAACAACGAAGAUCUGUACCAACCUCGCAAUCUACGUGUAUUUUUGCCUCACUAGUAGCAUUUAGUGAGCAAGAACCACCGGCAUCACUUCUUAAACUCAAUAUGAUUGCUGAAAGAGAAAAAGGCUGGCUGUUGGUGGUGGAGUCUCUAAUUGAAACCGUGCCAGAUGAUGAUUCUUUGGGUCCAGCAGUGAUAACGCUAUUUUUAGAUGAAUGUCCAUUGCCAUCAAAGGACACAGUUCAUCGGCUCUUAUGUUCUCUGCGUCUCGAUCAGGCGUCCUUACCUAAUUCUACAAGGAAACGAAGUUGGCAUCGAAACACCUGCAUUGUCUUAGGUAGCAUUUACAAAUCGGCUUUGUUCAACGUUCACUGGCGGAAAAACUUGCUGGCAGUAGCAGUGUGGCAAUACUUUAACAACUUUUUUAACUGUUACUUUUACAACGUUUUUUCUUUGAAAUCGUUUGAAAAUCAGUUCCUGAUUUCACGAACCCUAGAAAAUUCACCAACACAUCCCCUUGAGGUAAUUUUACAAUGGCGGUUCUACACAUCCAAUUCAAUAAAACGCCAAGUGGGGUUUUGUGCCACAUGGGCGCUUGACAAUAUUUUCGUCACUCCUAAUCGUACCUACGCAUAUGAGACUACCGAUGUAUCCCAUAUAAAUGUAAUGUUGAAUCAUGAAGACGUCAGUGAAUACUUGAAGAUAGGGCCGGACGGCUUGGAGGCUCGUUGUGACGUUUCGUCGUUUGAAUCUGUGCGUUGUACAUUUGCAGUCCAAGAUGGCGUAUGGUAUUAUGAAGCAAUCAUAUAUACACCAGGAGUAAUGCAGAUUGGGUUUGCUACAAAAAGGAGUCGGUUUUUAAAUCAUGAAGGAUAUGGAAUUGGUGAUGAUGAGUCUUCCGUCGCAUACGAUGGUUGUCGCCAACUUCUUUGGUAUAAUGCGCACUCCAGUCGACAUGAACACGAUCCGUGGUCUCCAGGGGACGUUGUUGGUUGUUUGUUGAAUAUUCCUACCGGUACCGUAAUGUUUUAUCUGAAUGGCCAACCUCUUCAACGACCACACUUAGAAUUUCUCAAAAAUCGACCUGCUGGUGAUGGAGUUUUCGCGGCGGCGUCAUUCAUGUCAUUUCAGCAAUGUCGCUUUAAUUUCGGUGCUGAACCUUUCAAAUAUCCUCCAGAUAUCUCAUUCAAGUAUGGAGGUGCAACGUUGACAGUAGAGCAGAAAACUAUUCUUCCACGGCGGAGGCGUCUCGAACUUCUACAGAAGGAACCUAUUCCUGAGAAUUAUUGUACAAUCUGUUAUGCAUAUCCAGGAGAUACCGUGUUAACGCCGUGCAUGCAUGGUGGUUUCUGCAACACAUGUUCUAUGCAGUUGGAUCAUUGUCCAUUAUGUCGGCAAGCAAUUGAGAGUCGAGUCGAAGAUGAAGCUCGGCGUGUCUCCAUUCGUAAAGUAUCGGAGAACCAAGUAUACUCUGCUGCCGGUCAUCGUAUGUCAAUUGGUCAGGCACAUUUCACUCCUCAUAGAACCAUGACCGAAUUGUGA